AUGCCCCUCAAGUCGAAAUCCAAGCUCGUGGGAAUCCCCACCGCGGAUGGCAAGUUCCGCUGCAUCUGGUGCCCCAAGACGUAUUGCAAGUCCAAGCACGCCCGACGCCACAUGCUGCUCCACACCGGCGAGCGGCCCUACAACUGCCCCCACUGCACCAUGAACUUCACGCGGGCCGACAUUCAAAAGCGCCACGUGAUCAAGUGCGCCCAGAAGCAGGAGGACUCCAAGGCCGACGACCUGGCCAAGGCUGACGUUGAGUGUGUUGUGGACAACGUCUCUGUCGUUGAGCAUGUGGACAACGUUUCUGUCGUGGAGCCUGUCGUGGAGCCCAUCGUCGGGCAGCCGCAGCCGCAGCAACAGUCCGUCGAGUACACCGCCCAGCCCGACUUUUUCGACGAGCCCCAGUUCCCUUACUAUUUUUUCGAGCAGGAUCCUCUCCAGGAACAGCACCAGCACCAGCAGCACCAGCAGCACCAGCACCAGAACCAGCACCAGAACCAGCACCAGAACCAGCACCAGAACCAGCAUCAGCAGCACCAGCACCAGCACCAGGAGCAGCAUCAUCAGAACAUGGCCCAAGAGCCCCCCCUCACUCCCCUUACCCCCCUCAUGGAGCCCAUCCAGAACAACAUGCACCACAUGGAGAUGAUGCCCAUGGCCGAGCAUGUGGCUUCGGCGCCGUCCAAGUUCCCUCUGUUGCAACAGCACCCCACGCUGUACGCCCACGACGACCACGUGAACCUGUCGAAUCUCAUCGACUCGCUGUCGCAGUCCGCGCUGCCUCUUCACUACCAACUUUUGCAUUCCGAUAGUGACUCCAUUGAGAGCAUUAGCGAGACCAGUGCGUCUGACGAGGGCGAGUUUUUCGAGCCGCUCAACUGGUCGCUCGAGGGUCUCAUGUAG